UCGCUCCACUGUGGCUGCGACACACUGCUGGCAACGUCUCCUACGUACGGUAGGCAUCCUCUCUGCACGAUGAACCUUCUACUGCACACUCUUCUGCUCUCGGUGUUGCUGUGCUUGAGGGCGUGCCAGGCCUUUGCUCCCUUACUGAAGACAUUUCCGGCAUCGUCUCAAAGCGCUCUCGCACGGGCACCUACUAGGUCAGCAACAGUACCCGCAGGGAGCAGAUCAAGGGGGCAGUCGCGAGAUGCAACAACGGUGUUGACUCGGCUGGGCAUGAUGUUCGGUCGUGGUCGAAACCCCCCACCGACGCUGUCGGAAGAAGACCUGGCGACGAUGGCCAAGUCGAGAGAAGAGGCGAACCAGAAAAUUGAGAAUUUUCUGGAGAAGAGGCGGGCGGAUAGAAAAGCCAGGAAAGAAGCGGAGCAGGCGGAGCAGCGCGAGAAGGUCGCCAACCGCAUGAAGGCCGAAAAAGAGGAGGCCGAGCACAGCAAGGUCUACAUCCCGCAACGUUUGGAGGAGAUUGAGAGAGAGCAGGCAGUGCUGAAAGACAGAAUGUCCGCUUUCAACACCAAGAUCAAAGACAAGGACAUCGGGGACCUGUAGCUUGGGGUUAGAAUGCACCUCUGUAUUCUGUAAGAGCGCCUGUGUUUUGUGGUCUGUCGUGUUGGAACGUACCCCUUGGAAAGCAUGGCCCGCAUCCACAGACAAACCUCGGUGCCAUGGGAGCAAAGCACGGAUUUCUGGUAGUAGACGAACGCUGGAUGCACCGUUGUCAUAGAAACGGCUGCCGGUGGUACUUUCGCGUUGAGUAUGUGCAAGACUGUUGUCUGUGGUGAAAACAAGCGGUGGUGAUGUCGCUGGACUACAUAGAAUUCAACACGCAUCCUUUUCAGUGCAAUUGCAAGCGCGCACGAGAAAGUUGUUGACUUCCGUAUUCACUUGUGCUGCCCGGGCGAAUGGACUGUCUGUCACGAUUAUGCCAAGUACGAAAUGCGGGUAUCAAGGUCAUUGCCCGAGUGUCUGGCAGCCCCUGACUCAAGGCUUCUUGCUUUGUUCAUUCUGUAUCACGCUCCUGCCCUGGACGCGUGGGCGAGCAUGCAUGUAGCAGUUACACGGUCGUCUCGGU